GCUCGUAUGUGACAUUAUAAUCGUAAAUAUGUAUGCUCGUAUGUGACAGUAUAAUCGUAAAGAUUUAUGCUCGUAUGUGACAGUAUAAUCGUAAACAUGUAUGCUCGUAUGUGACAGACAGAAUGGUAACUGUUAGUCUAACUUGUAACGUUAUUUAUCUGUCAUUAAUGUAAAUACAAGCACAAGCCUGUCACUGUGUAACCAAUAUCAAAGAUACAGUUAUUCAAUUAGCUGAUGAUAUAAGUGAAAGUGGCCAGCUGUAUUUUUUAUUUUUAUUUUACUUACCCUGCAGCACGUCCAUAACGCUAAAAUAUGUGAUGUGAAGGAUUACAUGACAUUCUAUUAUUUUUGGCUGUAGAACUUGCAUGAAAAACAAGUAGGCUACAAAACGUUCCAAAUGGCCCAAAUUUUUCACAUCAUAGGCUACACUGUGCUUUUCAUUAGUGUUAUGGACAUUAGAAAAAGUAUUUUUUCCUUGGAAUUGUACCUACUGUAGUGCUUCCAAACCAAUACUAAUAUAGUACAUAGCCUAAAAGGUAGAGAAUGUUUAUUUUGAGUUAGCACUUGUACUGCUCUCACUUGUUGCAGCUUGAUUUAGACCUCAGUUAUGAGGUGCCCGCUGUCCUAAGUGAGGCUGAUGAGAGCUGGGAAGGCGAGAGGAGGCGCAGACAAAGGAAAAGAAGAGCAAAGGGGAGAGGGACAAGAGUAGAGCGUGCAGGUCUUGGUCCAGGAGACAAAGAGCAGAGAGAAGGAGAGAAUUUAGAGGGAGGAGAUGGACCAGGUGGAAGAGGCCAGAGAGCUGGAAGAGAGAGUGCAGAUGUUUCAGGUGGAAAAGGAGAGAGUGUGGGCCCUGCACCAGGUGACAGAGGCCAGAGAGGUGGAAGAGGCCAGAGGGGUGGAAGAGGCCAGAGAGGUGGAAGAGGAGAUAAUGCAGGUCCAAGUACUGGAGUUGGCAGCAGAGGAAGGAAAGGGAAAGGAGGCAGAGAUGCAGAGGAAGAGAACAGAGUUAAGAUGAUCCAAAUUGACCGAAGGGUCCGGACAGAGGCACUCAUUCAGGGCAUGAGUGAAGUGAGGCUACGAGCACUAGCAACCCAGGUCUUCUCCCGGAAUCCUGGAUUAGUUUUUGAUGCACUUCCUCAAUUGGACAGCACAACCCCACCUAACGCUGCUCUUCCAUGGUGCACCUGUGGGAACUGCAGGGAAAUGGCCACAGACGCUGAAAGGAAAUGCUGUGGCCAGGGGCCUGACUACUGCAUCAGCAAAUUGGCACAUUUUGAUCUGUAUUGUCUGGAAGAUGGUUAUUUGCGUAUUCACAGAGAUUACAGAAAUGAUAUGUUGGUGGUAGCUGAAGUUAUAGAGCCAGGAGAUGAUAACAGACAAUUUAGGUAUGCUGCUUAUCGUCAAUACAUCUUUUGGCAGCAUGGGUCACUGGGUCUGGGUAACCGUCGUGUUAUUCCCAGCUGCUGUAUAUGGAAAAUAAGGGACAAAUACCCUGACCCCCAAGGCCAGUACACUGGCUUUGUACCCACCAUUUGAUACCAUUCUAACGUGAACAGUUAAAUUCAAGUUAUUUAUUGUUGUAUAUAUAGUUUUAC